AGAAAAAUGUCGAUGAACCGUCAAGAAAUUAGUGAUCUCUGUGUGAAGUCCCUUGAAGGACGAAUGGUUGGAACUGAGGCUCAAAACAUUGAGAAUGGAAACGCCUUCUACCGUUAUUUCUUCACCAACUUCCCGGAUCUUCGUGUCUAUUUCAAGGGAGCCGAGAAGUACACUGCAGAUGAUGUGAAGAAGAGUGAGAGAUUUGACAAACAAGGCCAACGUAUUCUUCUUGCGUGCCAUCUCCUUGCCAACGUCUACACCAAUGAAGAAGUCUUCAAGGGAUACGUCCGUGAAACCAUCAACCGUCAUCGUAUCUACAAAAUGGAUCCAGCUCUGUGGAUGGCAUUCUUCACUGUAUUCACUGGAUAUCUUGAAUCUGUUGGAUGUCUCAAUGAUCAACAAAAGGCCGCAUGGAUGGCACUUGGAAAGGAAUUCAAUGCUGAGAGUCAGACACAUCUCAAGAAUUCCAAUCUUCCACAUGUUUAAUAGAUCUGAAUGUUUUGAGCCUUUAUAUUGUAUUUGAAUGAGCUUUGAGUAUUAUAAUGAUUAUCUCUCUUGGAAACGUUUUUGUACAAAAUAAACAAAGUAUUUUGA